AAAGAAUUUACGGUCUGGUGCGGAAAAUGCCUUCAUCUUGAAACUAGCUUAGCGGCAUUGAAGCUUUAGUUGAGUCAAUGGCCAUGUUACAUAGCGGAUAUCGUCUGGUAAGUUUUGUUGGCCAAAACUACUCAACAUUUUUGCUGAGGCUCGGACGUUUUCUCCCGUCGAAUCACAUUGCGCUAUAAUUAUAGCACUGUUACUUGAUAAAAAAAUGCCAUUGUCUUCGGUUCGACCGGCGUGAGGCAUCGAUAUCUACGAGGCAUAAGCUUACACAAGCAUAAAUCUUAAACGGGAAUAGGAUCACCCUUAGCCUGCCAUUAGCCUUCCUAUUUGGUGGGGAGGCAAUGACUAGUUGAGCCUAUAUCCGCUUGCUACAUGAAGUGGAGCUACUCCUCUCAAGUCUACACUUUCACGUUCAUCACCGUUCAGUAGUGAUCGCCAAUCUCACACUACGGAAGACCCCUCAACUGAAAAUCCCACCUUUCCUAAUUAGGCCGCAUGCAUCAAUGUACAAACUCGUAAUCCUGCCUCACAUACCUAAUUAGGACAAAUAAUGAAUACCUUCAUGCACCACCGCCUUUUUAUGCGUCCCGGCCCUUUUGGUUUUGUGACAUUUGCUACAAUCAAUUUCAGAUGGCAAAACCUUAAAAAGUUUUGUGGGGUUGGUGGGAAUUCAUGUUUUACCAUACUCAAGAAUUUUACCUCUGUAUAAUGAGUAUCGUCAAUUACAUAUAAUCGAUUAGGCUUUGAAUAUCUCGUGUGUCGUCAAAUAAAACCGCCAUCGGCUCGUCGCAUCCAACCGUUUGGUGGUAAAUCAAAUGCGUUGAAAAAUGCGAAUUUUUCCACCGCAUCUAACCAUUCUCCGCAAGUAAGAUCUGACUUCCGGCCGAACGAGUCAUCACAUGUCAGUAUAGGCGAUUGGCAACGGGAUUGUCAUGGAUUUUUUACACCGGAUACCGUAGCAAUCUCUUAGGAAGCCUAAUUAGUUGGGCGGAAAUUCCCAGUUUAGUUGUCUCAUGAAAAGACGACGAAGUGGAGUUGGCAAAAGCUUUAUUUUUCACUACCUGAUUGCGUUUGGAGUUAGAGUUGACUUUGGUAGAACGUGCUUUUGACACCUCUUCGUUACAAUGGUCGGUUCUAUUCAAAUUCCACUUAAUUACGCCCGACAAUUGGGUAAGGCGUUGUUGCUGGGAGAUCUAGUUCAUGUAUGGCAUCAUAGCUACUUGCAUGGGAAGGGCCAAUCGAGCAUUGUUCCCUGGCCUAAUCAGGCAAGUGAGGAGAGUCGUUACCUACUUGAUCAGGAAGGUAUUAUGCAACCAAUAUAUCUUCUUUAGGCAAUAUGAUAAUAUACAGGUGGACCUU